AUGCCUGCCAGUGAAGCCAAGCUAAAGACCACCCCACUGGACCCGCGGUUCCCCAACACGAACCAGGCGCAGCACUGCUGGACACGCUACAAUGAGUACGUGCUGUGUCUCAAGGGAAACGAUGGCGAUGAGGAUGCUUGCCACAAGUACUUGCAGUACGCCGCCUCGGUCUGCCCGAGUUCGUGGGUGGAGCGCUGGAACGAGCAGCGUGAGGAAGGCACGUUUCAGGGGGUUCAGUACACGAAGGAAGAGUAA